UCACACCGUAGGGUGAAAUAUAACUUGAAUUCGCUGUCUCAUGACACGGCCGCCGGCCUGAUCCAGCACGCCUUAGACCAAGGUGUGAAUGUUACUCAGGUGUUUGUGGACACCGUGGGGCCCCCAGACACCUACCAGCAGCGGCUGCAGCAGCGCUUCCCCGGCGUGGAGAUCACGGUCAAGGCCAAGGCGGACGCCCUGUACCCGGUGGUCAGCGCCGCCAGCAUCUGCGCCAAGGUGGCCCGUGACCAGGCAGUGAAGAGCUGGCGGUUCCUGGAGGACCUGGACCAUCUGGACGUCGACUACGGCUCCGGGUACCCCAAUGACCCCAAGACGAAGGAGUGGCUCAGGAAGCAGGUGGAGCCUGUCUUCGGCUUCCCCCAGUUCGUGCGUUUCAGCUGGCGGACGGCACAGAGCAUCCUGGAGAAAGAGGCCCAGGACGUGGUGUGGGAGGACUCUGUGGAGGAACAGGAGGGAGCCAGGAGCAUCACAUCCUAUUUCAGCCAGAGCCCCUGCGCCCGGCCCCGCCUGGCCCACCGCUUCUUCCUGGAGCGCGGCCUGGAGCCUGCCUCCUCGCUCUAGUGCCCUCCUCCCCUCCUGAUGAGAUUAAAGUCCUUUAAGGAAAA